UUGUGUUAAUCAAAGGAGCUGCAUCUAUACAAAGCAGUUCAGCUCUCCCGGUUCCAAACAUCCAUGAAAAACCGGUAAACUCGGGAGUUGGAACAGUAAAGGACAAAAAUGAACCAAACAGAGCAAGAUGAUUCAGCAGAGCCAUUUCCAAUUAUUUUUUCUGCAGGAAGAGAGACAGAGGCUCCAGUGCCACCUCAGCACAGCCCCCCUCAAUAACUUCCCCUCAUUACCAUUGCUGUCUCUCUGCUCUGCAUUUGCAUUUUGCAUUUCUUGUGUUGGUGCUGCAUUCCCCUACCAAACCAACCCCAACAAAACACAGACUCCCAAAACCCCUAUAAACCAUUCCAUUCCCCCUCUCAUCAGUCCAAACUCCAAAGAUUGCAGCUUGAAGCAGAGUGGCAAUGGCGAGGGCCCCUACGAUGGUGAUCCAGGAAGACUACAUCGACAUGGACCUCACCCCUUCCUCGCCCCAAUGCUCGCUCCUGGAGUUCGAGUUCCAGAGCGCCAGCACCGGCGCCGGCGCAAGCAAGCACAGUAGGGCCACCGCCGCCGCCUACGCGUCGCCGGCCGACGAACUGUUCUACAGGGGCAAGCUACUGCCGCUGCACCUGCCGCCGCGGCUCCAGCUCGUGCAGAAGCUGCUGCAGGAGCAGCAGGUGCGCGUGCCGGAGAUCGCGGCGGCGCCCGCUGCGAGCGCGAGCAAGGCGGCUGAGGCAGAGGUAGGAGACGACGAUGAAGACGAAGAAGCCAAGGCGGGCGGCAAGAAGUAUUUCUGGUCCAGGAGACUGAAGCUGAUGAAGCGGUGGGCGUCGAGGGAGUACAUCAAGUCCUUCUUCUUCCUGGCCAAGCCGAGCGACCUCGGUGGUAUCGUCAAUGGCGGCUGCGGCGGCCGCGGGGAGAAAUCAAGCGUGCUGGAGCAGGACGAGCUCUGCAGCAGCAGCCACCGCAGGUCCUUCUCCGGCAUCAUCCGGCGGGUGCGCCUGGUGGUGGCCACGAAGGCGGCGCCGCCGGGGACCUCGCCGCUCUGCUCGUCGUCUUCUUCUUCGUCGUCGUCGACGCCGUCCUGCGGCAACGCGGAAGGGUUCUUCCUCCGGGCGAGGGCGGCGACGCCGGUGCUGAAGCGGAGCAGCAGCGCCGGGUCGGAGGAGGGGGCCAUCCAGGGCGCCAUUGCCCACUGCAAGAGGUCUCAUCAGCAGCUGCAGCAGGGGAGGAGGAGCGCCAGCGGCGUGGUCUUCUACUCCCUGGCCAACACCCCAAGGAUCUCCUCUUCUUCCUCCGCCGCCGCCGCCGCCAAUGAGGCGGCGCAAGAGAGGCAGGAGAUGAUGUGCAGGGGCUGACAGAUACCAUGGGAGGUCGAUUGAUCAAACAUCAAAGGAAGAAAAUCUCCUUUCUUUUUUCUGUUCAUUCUUUUCCUUCUUUCUUUCUGGUUUUGGGGAGGAAGAUGCUUGUGAAGAUGAUGCAAAUGUGUCUGUGAAUUGCUUGUGAGGAAUCAAGUGCUUCUCUUUGAUUUCCAGUGUCUGUUCUUGGUUCUUGCCCUUGUUCAUGUGCUUGGACCAAAUGAUCAAUAUUCAUUUCCAGUA